AUGGAGUCGUCCGGCAGAAACAUGUCCAUCGGCACCAAGACAGAGAUCUCAGCGUCCAACUUUGAAGCAGAUGCUGAGUCGGUUCGAACCAAUCCCAGCUUCCGCAUCUAUCGCUUGCUCGACAGCGCUAGACUGGGCCUCACAGUCCUCAGUCUCGCGGCUGGCUUGACAAUCCUUGGUGUUUCGGCGGAUGCCCUCGCUGUUUUCCAUGCUACCUAUGUCCCGGAAGAUUGGUUACUUCAACUAUGGCCUGCCAACUUCGAUAUGCGCCCGACCGUAGCUCUGGUAGUCGGUAGUGCCCUGGUCAUUGUGGCCAAUCUUGUCUCGUUGAUCGCUGGCAAGCUUCCGACUGUAAGGCGACCCCCAGUCUCUCUCUGUUGUAUUUGCUUUUUGGCUCUUAAAACUAACGGUUGUGAUGCAAAUAAGGCCCGCAGAAACGUUGCAGUCAAGGCAGCAUUCACAUUUGUGCCCCCCGCUAUUGCCCUGAUCGCCGCCAUUAUCGCCAUGUCAUUCUUCUACGGUGUGAAUGCCUCUACCACCAACGAUUCACUUCAGAGCUGGACGUGUCGCUGGAAGGACGUGACCAUGAAUGUGCAGCCUCACUUCGGCACACUCUGCAAGCAGAGCCGGGCCGGUGUAGCGCUCUCUGUCAUGCUAGUUCCCGUCGAAGCUAUAAUCUUGGGGUUGGCGGCGUAUCAGUUCACCCUAGAGAAAGGCUUCGACCUGGGCGCUCGUGGACUAAGCCGUAAAGCGGGAAGCCCUGCCCUGUCUUGA